UCCAUAUCUUUUAGCAUCAAAGGUGGAGGUAGGAUGACUUGUAGAUGCAAAAGGUCUUGGAGCCAGCUGGCUAACCUUCAAGCAUAUUAACAGUGAUGCCAAAGAACUGGAAAGCGGCCUAAAGUAAUAGCAGAUAUGGCAGGAAUCCAAAUGGUGGAAACACGCCUGCCAUCUUGAGGGCCCACAACCUGCCGACUGGCACAGUUUGGGAAGUUCAGACAGCAGGAAUUUGCAAAGAAAAUGUCUCCCAACAACUGCACUUUUAAAGAAAAUGUCAGAUCUGUUAUUUGAGGGAAGUUCUCACUGCUGUCAGCAAUCUUGGUGACACUGUCAAGGGGUUCAGGUGAUUUGAGCUAUCGGAAAGGCUCAAGAAAAAGGUUCAGUUCAAAAGCUGAAUUGUGUUCUCAGACUCGUAAACAUAAUCUUUUUCCUACAAUUAAUUGCACAUAAUAAGCAAAUCGCAAAUCAGGCUUUGGAACAGUCAGUUUUCAAAUGACUUUAAGACAAAGCCAUACAGAUAGGGUGUGUUGCUAUAGUGGACGUUAGCAGUCAGCUUCACUGGAGGUAUUCAGGUGAAAUGGAAUUCCUUGCCAAGUUUAUCUUUAGGCCUUACUUUUCUACUCCAGCCCUGUAUGAAGGCUAGCAGGUCUCUGUGUCCCAGGCUGCUUCAGUGUGUGAAUUGUACCAAUGCAUGACGUUCCUUUGUUUGCUGAUGUGUUCAUGCAGUAAACCUUUAUUCAACCUCUGUAUUUUAAGUACAAGGCUAAAGGUUAACAGCUGCAAGUAGGGAAGAAGAAACUAAAACUGCAGAGAAGCAAAAGAAGAGCGCAGAGAAGAACUACUGUUAAGACCUGCUUAGAAAAAAUGAAGAAGUCAAAGGGUUUUAACUAGUUUUAAGGUCAUACUGAUGGCAGUAGAGAUCUUACCUACAUGCAUGAAAUAAGCUAGAGCUUACAAAGACAUGCAAACCCAAAUGCACAACAGAGAAAUGCUUAUUGAAAUGUGAGGGGGCCCUGGGAGCACAAGAAUGCAGUGGAGUUAUCCGUCUUUUCUAUUCCAAUGGAAUUGGAACAUGCUAUUGCUGAGAUGAAACAGUUGAAACAGGAACUCACAUUUAGUGCUUUUAUGUUCAUGUGUUCACAAGUGACAAACUGAAAUGCCUUGGGUUCCUAUCAGUCUACAGAUGAAGUAUUUGUCAACUGAUAAGGGAGGGCAUGACUUUCCAUAAUCAUUUGUCUAAAAGGAACACCCAAGCAUUUGCCAGAGCUCCUUUGUUGAAGCUGAAUUUGAAGAGUUUGGAAUUGGUAAAUUAGGGCAGGGAUUGGUAGCUAAAUGCUUUUGUUUUAUAUGUUGUGACUGCUUUCGUUUGGAAAAAAAUCCCAAGGUAUCUAAGAAUCAUCUGAUCUGUAGAGCUACAGCAGCAUCAACGAGUACUGAUGACACUGGGCUAUUUUUGAAGAGCUUGCAUGACAACAACUCUUAAUGUACAUUAUUUUUAACACAAUGUAAAAGUCUCAUGUUGAUAAUCUGUUUGCAAUUAAGAAUCAGAGAACUUAAAGGCUAAGAACUUAACUUUCCCUGUCAUGAAAUGCCCUGAUUUCAACUCAUCUAAACCAUAAGUGAGAAGUCCCUGCCAGUGGGAAGCUGCUUCUUACUUUGAGCCUUUGAGUCAAUUUUUUUGCACUGUGUGGCACAUUGAGUUUCAGGCUUGCCUGGGACUCAGGGCAUCGGUGUGGCAGGGACAGCAAUGGCACUGGAGUCACAUUGUGGUUUCCUUCCUCCCACGAGCUCUGAUAGACCUCAUGAUUGAGAAAAAAAGGGGAAAAAAAAGGAAGAGACUUGCCCUGAAUUUGGAGCGCCUUUCAGUGAGGUUCCUAACAAAUACAGUAUAAUCUAAGAAUUGUAAUUGUGCAAUUGCCAGCCCACGGUUACACGAUAUAAACUCUUUCUCUAAGAAGCCUCCAAGGACCAAACGAAAUUGUGAUACAUCGAUUUCAGCCUAUGCAAACCUAUUUACAGGAAGCUGGUUAAAGCAGCAUUUAAAAGGAAAAAGGAAUAUAGCUACGACUGUUUCUUACAGGUAGAAACUGAAAACAAUCUGAAACCAGGUGCAGAGCACAGUACAGUAGCCAUGAAUGACAUCGCACAGAAAACUGAGAUUCUACUUUCUUCAUCUAAACCCGUCCAAAAAUCCUAUGUGCCCAAGCUUCACAAAGGUGAUGUAAAGGAUAAAUUUGAAGCUAUGCAGAAAGCAAGGGAAGAAAGAAAUCAAAGGAGAUCUAGAGAUGAAAAGCAAAGAAGAAAAGAACAAUAUGUUAGAGAGAGAGAAUGGAACAGGAGGAAGCAGGAGAUGAAAGAACUGCUUGGAUCUGAUGAAGACGAUGACGCAAAAUCAUCCAAAGUAGAAAAAGGUUACGUUCCAAAGCUAAUAGGAACCGUUAAAGGCAAGUUUGCAGAAAUGGAGAAGCAAAGGCAAGAAGAAGAAAGGAAAAGAAUGGAAGAAGAAAGAAAGCGCAGAAUUGAACAAGAUAUGAUUGAGAAAAGGAAAAUUCAAAGAGAAUUAGCAAAAAAAGCACAGGAGAUUGAUGACUUUAACAAUACGGGAACUGAAUCAGCAGCGGAGGAAGGGGAUGAGUCACUGCUCGUUACAGUAGUGCCUGUAAAACCCUCCAAAACACCUGGGAAGAUGAAAAUAAACUUUGAGAACACAGGAAAGGAGAGAGCAGAACAAAGAGAGAGAGAGGAUGAAAAAAUGAAGCUAAAAUAUGAGGAACAAAACCCAUUCUUGAAGGAAACCAAGUGCCUCUCAUUUGUCACGGGUGAAAGUGAAGACAAUGAAACACACGGGCCUCUGUCUCCUGGUAAGCUGAAAGUAACAUUUGAAGAACUUGAGAGACAGAGACAGGAGAAUCAAAGGCGGCAAGCAGAGGAAGAGGCAAGACAGCGUUUAGAAGAGGAAAAACGUGCCUUUGAAGAAGCCAGACAGCAAAUGAUAAAUGAAGAUCCUGAUGAAGAAUUUGAAAAUUCUGUUAAAGAAUUCCGUCCUGGUAAACUCAGACUCAGCUUUGAGGAGAUGGAAAGACAGAGGAGAGAAGAGGAAAAGAGGAAAGCAGAAGAAGAUGCAAGACGACGCAUAGAAGAGGAGAAAAGAGCAUUUGCUGAAGCAAGGAAGAACAUGCAGGUGCUGGAUGAUGAAACACCAGAAAUGUUUAAAACCUUUUCUCAAGAAUCUCUCAUACCUGGGAAACUGGAAAUUAAUUUUGAGGAGAUGCUGAGACAGAAAAUGGAAGAAGAGAAGAGACGCACGGAGGAAGAGCGCAGGCAAAAGUUGGAAAUGGAAAAGCAAGAAUUUCAACAGUUGAGACAAGAAAUGGGAGAGCUGGAAGAAGAGUCUGAAACUUUCGAACUAAGCAAAGAAUAUGAAGAAUUAAUAAAGCUAAAAAGAAGUGGUUCUAUUCAGGCAAAGAACUUAAAGAGCAAGUUUGAAAAAAUAGGACAACUGUCCCAAGAAGAAAUUCAGAAGAAGAUUGAAGAGGAGCGAGCAAAGAGAAGAGCAAUGGAUGAAGAAAUAAGAGAAAGGGAAGCCGAAAAAUUUCAAGAGGAUGAUGAGGUAGAUGUGAGACCAGCCAAGAAAUCUGAGGCUCCAUUUACUCAUAAAGUAAACAUGAAGGCCCGUUUUGAGCAAAUGGCAAGAGCCAGGGAAGAAGAGGAGCAGAGGAGAAUCGAAGAACAGAAGUUACUACGCAUGCAGUUUGAACAAAAAGAAAUCGAUGCGGCGUUACAGAAGAAAAGGGAAGAGGAAGAAGAGGAGGAAGGAAGCAUUAUUAAUGGUUCUACUUGUGAAGACGAAGAAGAUCAAGCUCGAUCUGGAGCUCCCUGGUUCAAGAAGUCACUGAAAAACACAUCAGUUGUUGAUGGCGAGCCAGUGAGAUUUACAGUUAAAAUUACUGGAGAGCCAAAACCUGAAGUUACAUGGUGGUUUGAGGGAGAAAUGUUGCAGGACUCUGAGGACUAUCAGUAUAUUGAAAGAGGAGAAACCUAUUGCCUUUACUUGCCAGAAACCUUCCCAGAAGACGAAGGGGAAUAUAUGUGUAAAGCAGUCAACAACAGAGGCACAUCUGCUAGCACCUGCAUUCUCACCAUUGAAACUGAUGACUACUAAUGCUCUGCUCUAGCUGGAAUCUUUCUUCCCUUCAAAACUUUCUUACUGCAUCAUCUCUUUCUCUGAUGGGGCCAACUAAAGAAAGCAAGGGUAUGAAUUGGUCAUUCCUGCAUCAGAUAAGAAUAACCUUCAAAUUGUUGGCGUGUCCAGAUUCCUUCCUCAUACAAAAAUUACUAUUAAAGGUUAAAAAGAAGGAAUCACUGUAUCAAGGAUCAACAGAGGAAAAAGCUGAAUUGUUAUAGUGCUCCCACAUUUGAAGACCAACUGUUGUGUAAUAGUAUAAAGCUAAAUACACAAUCUGGAAACUUGUGUAGUAGUGUAAAUCUAUUGGUAUAUUUUGCAUGAACACUGAAUAUUUAAGCUAUUUUACUUUAUCCCAGAGGCACCGGCCAGGCAAAAGGAAAUACUUAUCGAUGAUUUUCAAAAACUGCAGUGUACUAUUUUUAAAGAAUAAAAAAUGACGUAACUGCUCACUUCUGUUGUUUUGUUUCAAAGAGCAUUAGCUUCUUUUGUUUUAAAAUGGCCUUGGAUUUAAGCUGUAAUGCUCUUACCAACCUAUGCAGUUCAUAAUCCCAAAGUAAAACCAAGCUCAGUAAGGCUUGUAGUACGUCUUUAUAGUAAUAACAUUUGCUUUUAAAACUCUGGAUUUUCUUUAUUGUUUAAAUGAUACAGGAACAGUUGGUGACAAAAUAUGAGCCUAUCAGAGCUAAGGUGACAAGAAGCAAACUUGAAGAAAACUACUUUCUGAAAGUGCCUAACUUCUC